AUGCCAGUUCCUGUUCAAGUGGCUUACAAGUCUAUCGCCAAGCCUCAGAUCGGCGAGAACAACUACCAAGGCUUUCACUCUGGAAAAGCUGAGACACUUCCUGAGGGAUGGAACGGAUACGGCGCCCGCGCUUUGGCUAGUGAUAUCAUAUUGGAGCAUGAUGUCGAGAUCAAAGUUCGAGAUGGAUGUCGUCUUUACGUUGAUAUAUGUCGGCCGGCGAAUACAAAGCACAAGAUUCCCGCUAUAUUAGGGUGGUCGUGCUAUGGCAAGAAGUAUAGCGCACUAGCCAUGCUACCAAUGACUGUAUGGAAAUGUUGCGUGGAUUUGAAAGAGGACUUGAGUGGCUUGGAGAAAUUCGAAGGCCUUGAUCCUCAGAAAUGGUGUCCCCGAGGCUACGCUAUUGUUAGCGUCGACUCGCGAGGCACGGGAAACAGCGAUGGACAGAUCCCGAUUAUGGGUAGCCAGGAUGGAGAAGAUGGGUAUGAUGUUGUUGAGGCCAUCGCAAAAAUGGACUGGUGUAAUGGCAGUGUGGGCAUGGCUGGCAACUCUGCCCUAGCUAUUGCCCAGUGGUUCGUUGCUGAGUUAAACCCACCAUCUUUGAAAGCCAUUGCUCCAUGGGAGGGUUCUGCGGAUAUCUUCCGCGAACAAUUCUGCAGAGGUGGGGUGUUUGGGAUGAGUAACUUCGAUCUCAUCACAGAAAAGAUUAUCCGUGGUCCUUCUGGUGUGGAGGAUUUUGCCGAAAUGUAUCGACGAUCGCCUAUCGCCAAUGCCUACUGGAACGAUAAGCGUGCCAAUCUGAAGAAUAUUCAGUGCGCCACAUUCAUUUCUGGCUCGGAUAUUUCUUCAAUUCAUACUAUGGGUAGUAUUAGAGCAUGGCUAGAGAUCCCUCACGAUAAGAAAUGGAUCAAAUGGUCUGGAUACCAGGAAUGGUUCGACCUCUACACCGAUGCCCAUGCCGAGGAGGAGUUAGCCUCGUUCUUUGAUCGCUAUCUGAAGGGAAUUGAGAACUCAUGGGAACUGACCCCCCGAGUUCGCUGGACCUGCUUGCAGUUUGGCGACCGGGACCCUAUUGAGAAUAUUGUUUUACCCGGUUUCCCUGUACCUGAUACCCAAUACCGAGAAUUCUUCUUGGUUAAAGGCUGUCUAAAGGACACUUUACCGGCAACACCAUCUAUUGCCUCCCACGAUUCGGAAAAUUUCGAGUCGUUUAGUGCAUUUGAUUACACGUUCUCUGAGCGCUCCCGGCUUCUCGGCCUGCCAAAGGCGAUUCUUCAUAUGUCCUGCAACGAUCAUGACGAUAUGAACGUCUAUAUUAUUUUGAGAAAACUGGAUAAGAACGGAAAGCCUCUGUUGAGUCUGAAUUUUCCAUUUAGGGCAGCUCCAGUCAACUCCAUUGACGAAAUACCGGAGAAAGAACGCCAAAGCACAAAUUUAUACCAAGGAUCUGUGGGAAUUUUGCGAGCAUCCCAUCGAGCUAUUGAUGUUGAGAAAGGCAUCCAUCCGCAAUUUCCAUUUCAUCCGCAUGAAAUUGAAGCCAAGAUCCCGCCUGGGACUAUUGUACGACUUGAAAUCGGUAUUUGGGCAAUGGGUGUUGAUUUCGAGGCCGGUGAAUCGAUUAGUGUCAGGAUUGGUGGCCAAUUCCCAAGUCUUGCGGAGUACAAAAGCUUCUCUGCUCCGCGGCCGGACCAGGAGAAGAACAAGGGAAUGCAUUUCAUCCAUUCGGGACCUGAACACCCGAGUUCUAUCAUUCUGCCAUUUGUACCUUUUUGA